AUGACGAAUACUGAGCAAAAAGGCCUGCUGAAAGCAUGCGAGCCGCUCAUCCAGCUCCCGGCGUGCGAGCAUGCCACAACAAGGCCCUCUCCCGACACCUAUGGUCCCAUCGUAACCGUUGUGGUCGGCUCCGAGUGCGACAAGAAAGAGUUCCAUAUCCACGGCGGCCUACUCCAGCAUUACUCCUCCUACUUCCGAAGAGCCAUGAAGCCAGAAUGGACGCGAGAUGCGACCGACAGAAUCGAACUCAAGCAGGAGGAUCCAGCCUUGUUCCAAAUCGUCUUUCACUGGUUCUAUUCCGGCAAGCUGUACUCGACCCCUGCAGCCAACGGCCAAGUUCCUGUUUCCGAGCCUGACCUGUGCGAGAUAUUCGUCUUCGGAGACUGUCGUGGCAUCCCAGAGCUAUGCAAUGCAGCGAUCAACCUGCUCUUCCAGCGCUUUGCGAACGAGUGGGCAUAUGCUUGCAGGUGUUUAAACUACAUCUACACGAACACCGUCGCGGGGUCGUGCCUACGUUCAUUAUUCGUCGACUUGGCUGUGAGUUCUUUCAGCUUCGAUAAGCUGAAGGAAAACGAGUCUUCAUACCCUAAAGAGUUCCUUAUCGACGUUGUACUGCGGUCGAGAGAGCUCAAGACCUGGCCUGGUAAUGUGGGGAGCAAGAAAGGGUUCCUUGAGAAUAAGGCCGCCGAAAUCUGCAAGUAUCAUGAUCACAAGGAUCCUCAUAUCAUCUGA